UCCACAAAACAAUUGCUUGGUCACCAUGGCAGGUACCCCACCAUUCCCCUUCCCCACCCAUUUACCGGCCAUGGUGGUGGUGCCUGCCGCGCUAGCUUCACUGCACCACCGCCCCUGCCACUCUCCAUGUGCCCCAAUCACUGCAUCUGGCUCCACCUCCAUUCCAUCCACCCCCUACCUCCGCAGCUCUCCCCUCCUCCUCUCCUCCUUAAACCCACCUCUCAAGUCUCCGUUCCUAUAAAGGCUCACACCCUGCGGCUCCGUCCAACGCGCACCUUUCACCUAUAAAGCCAGCUCCGAUCCCCCAUUUCUUCCCUCAAAGUCUCUAUCAGCAUCUCAGUGAGAAACUGGUUAGUUUCUGUGUUGAUGUGUUCCAUAUUCCCGUCGCAUUCGGUCGUCGGCGUGUCGGCGUCGCAGGCGCAGGAGGAAGAAGGCGGCGGCGGCGGCUUCCGGAGCCCGGAGAGCAGAGCCAGCAUGAGCAGCGGCGGCUCCCUGACCUCCCCUUCAGCACCUGUCUGCUCCAGAUCAUGGUCUAUAAGCGAGGACUCGCUGCGUCGUUACGUGAGCUACGCGAGCGAGAGCUGCAUACAGGAGCUGCUGGCGGCGUCGGACUCCGGGCGCGGCGGCGACGACGGGUGGAAGGUGCUGGUGUACCAGAACGGCGUGGAGAUAUCGAAGCGGCGGGCGGGGCCGGCGCACGUGUUCCGGAGCCGGUGGCUGCUGCAGGACGUCUCGCCGGAGCAGUUCAUGGCCGUCGCCAACGCCGUCGACGCCGCCAAGCAGUGGGAGUCGGACCAGCUGGUGGAGGCCUCGUACAUCAGGGAGCUGGGCGACGACCUGAGCAUCAUCCACCUCAAGUUCGGCGACGCCUCCUCCGCGCGCCGGCGCCGGGACCUCGUCGUCUACCAGCGCCGCCAGGCCAUGGACGACGGCACGCUCGUCGUCGCCGUGGCGUCGCUGCCCAAGGAGAUCGCCGCGGGCCUGCUGCCCCCGGCGGCGGCCAAGGGCGGCGGCAGCAACCCCGUCGUCGGCCGGGGCCUGCUGCUGCAGUCCGGCUGGGUCCUCGAGAGGCUCGAGGGCGCCGACGACUCCUGCGGCGCUGGCGGCGCCUCCUGCGUCGUCACGUACGUCGUGCAGCUGGACCCCGCCGCCGGGUGGCUGCCGCGCUGCCUCGUCGGCCGGCUCAACAGCAAGCUCGUCAUGAUCAUCGCCAAGCUCAGGAGGAUCGCGCAGGACACCGUGGCCGCCGCCGCCGCCGCCGCCGCCGGCGACAUGUGAUGCCGCCGAAGUAAAUACUACGGUUUUUGGUAGGAACGUACGGAGUGCAUGUCCAGGGAUGCUGAUGAGCAUUAAUAUAGGUGCUGUCAUACUAUGUGAGUGAGAAUGUGUGUUUGUGUGUGUACGCACGUGUUUGCAAACGGCUUCGGAGUUGUAAAAGCCAGCUGCAGUUCAAUUGUCUGCUCUUAUACAAUAUAUA